UACUAUAAAAUCAACUACGUUUUUGCUUGGCGGCUGACAAAAACGCAAAUAUUUCAGAAUAAAUUGUUAUGUCUGGCUUAGAGUCGUUAUCUGGCUCUGACGAGGGCUCUUACAGUUGCCCUGAGUAUGAAAUUGAGGAUGAAACAUACGAAACGGCGUCCAAAGACGGAUAUGAAAGUGAGCUUUCAUAUGCCGUUGAGGAGGAACUACUAGACGAUGAGGAUGUUUUAGCAUACACUGAUGAGCCUUUAGCUGACGAUUCGUGGGUUGAAGAAUAUAUUCAAAGACAAGAACAGCAUGCAAGGGAAAUAGAAGAAUUAAGUCUUCGUCUAAGCGGAGAAAACCCAGUGAGUUCUUGGUGCAAUUGUGGAAACUGCAAUACUGAAAAUUUAGUAGAGGCGAAGGAGUGUCACUGUUGCACUGAAAUUCCAAACUGUGCCGCUGCAUUGACAUUGACUAUAGAUGAUUCUGUUCGUGUUUCUGAGUCAUCUGAUGAUGAUGCUACUAACACCCAACAAACGUGUAUUACAAAUCACCCUGGAUUCGAUGCAAUUUGUCUCAAUAGAUGGUCUUUGGAACUAGCUGCAGAUAAUUUUAAAACGCGUACUGGACAAAAAUAUCGACAAGUUAGUUCAAAGAAUAGGUUUCUUCGUGUGGUGGCAUAUAGACAAUUCACACGACUUAUUCAUGGGCGUUUAAAAGACAAGCGAAUCCCUUUGCCGGCUUGUGCUUACAAUGCUAUCCGCACUACCUUCAAGGAAAAGGAGGAUGACUUCAAAGGUUAUGAAGAUCUGGAGGAAGAGGAUUAAAUUUGCUGUAAAUAUAUAUGUAGGAAUUUAAUAGCAGAUACAUUAGCAAUGUUUUGUUAUAGCACCUCAAACUUG